GACGCCUGCGGUCCGGAGUUUUGCAAAUAUCUCAGCACCAUUGUGGGGUCGAUCUGCCUUCGUAAUCGUUGUCGAUGUCAUCCACACUAUAUUGAAGCUAAUGAUGAAAAAGGAAGGAACGUCAGAUGUGUUCCAUUACCAGCAAAAGUUGGUGCACCAUGUACGAACAAAUGCAGAGAGCCGUUGUUUUGUCGGAAUGGCGAGUGCCAGUGCGUACAACGUGGAACAACCCGGAUUAGUAACGGAGAAUAUCAUAGACAAAUCUCACAUUUUGCUUCCGUUUUCGGUUCACGUGUUGGUGAUCGUUGUACUCGGCAUUAUGACUGCACUUCGCCAUUCUCUGCAUGUCUCAAUUCACAGUGCGUCUGUAUCUCAGGCACAAUACAGCAGGGAUCUCGGUGCGUUGCAGCGGCAAAUUGCCCGCUAGGCGGUCUACCCGGUCAGACCUGCGUUAUCAGAACGGAAGCAUCCCUUGCGUUUAAUCUGCCGUCAAAUCAAGAUGACUGUCCACUAGGACAAUCCUGCGUCACAGCUCCAGAUUCGCUUGUUGGACAUUGCUGCCCAGUGGUUUGUCCACUGGCCAGUCAUGUUGACACAAAGUACUCAUGUGAACCCAAUGCAACCCGACCACAGCGGUGCCCUAGUGAUACUCAUUUCUGUCAUUUGCUAUCAGAUGGAUUUGUCUCUCAAGCGGUAUGUUGCCGUCGCCCAUGCAAUGCACUUGCUCCUAAUGCGCUCUAUGCUAACAAUGAGUGUAUACCUCGGGGACAGCUCAACUCUGCUUGUACCACUAAUGCCCAAUGUGGUGGAGGCGAAGGAAUGGAAUGUGUCAAAGUCGGUUUUAUGUUAACGGUGACUUUCCGACUAGACGAACUCUAUGUCGUUCUUGUUAGUGAACUAUCAUCGAAAAUGUUUGAUCUAAUUCGUAAUAGUAGGGAUCGUAGCGUUUAUCCAUGUUUUUUUCUUUGCUUUGUGCAAAGACAAUGUCCACAAAACUCUGGCUGUUACCGCGGUCGCUGCAUGUGUCGAUGCGGAUUUGAGCAGAAAGGCGGCAAAUGCGUUGCGCUCCCGCCCCCUCCAACCACGACAUCUCAGUCUAACAUAAGCACACCUGGGAAUAUACUGUCCCAGUCUCGAAGCAGUGCAAACAAAAGAUUAUGGAGGAGAGGAAACAACAACAUUGUUGUGUACAUUACAGAUGCGAAUAAAAACAUCUGCACUAACCCCCAAUAA